UCAGUUCGUCCAAUGAAAACGCUGCUUUCUUUUCCGGGGAGCCAAUGGGCGUGCCGCUAGUCAUCCACCAGGAAGUGAGUAGACUCAGGUGACGGUACGAGCUGUUGGCGGGGCUGGGCGUGCGGUAUGGUCAGACUGAGCACGAGAGGCUGCUCGUGGUUUUAUUUGUUAAAUGCUGCGCAGCAGAAGUUCAGAGGAGAAAUGGUGCGAAUGAGAAACACGAAGGGCGCGAAUGCCACCGAGAUAGAAAAGAAGAUUAAAAGAGGUAACGCUCUGAGGCAGGGAUCUGCAUGGAGGGGGCACAGAGGACUCAUGGUCUUGUUGCUGGUCGCUCUGUCUGUGUGCGGAGCUGCUCUGUGGUUGUACGUCACCUCUCUGGACAGCGACAUCACAGAGACGCUGGUCAGCCAGGGCGAGCUGGUCUCCGAUCAGCCAAGGGUCUACACCGUCCAGUGCUCCGAAGACUACGAGAACUACAAACGCUAUCCAGGAUGCACUCCUCAGAGGUGUGGCCGUGCAGUCACAGACAGCGUGGUAACGAGGGAGGAAGCUCAGGUCCUCCGGAGGCUGGCUGAGAGGGGACUGGCACUGGCUGGAUCAGAGGGAGGAGCUUCCAUACUGGAUCUGCACUCUGGAGCGCUGUCGAUGGGGAAGCAGUUUGUCAACAUCUACAGGUAUUUUGGAGAUCAGAUUGGAGAUGUGUUCACACAAGAGGAUUUCCAGCUCUACAGAGAUGUACGUGGUCGAAUCCAGGCAGUUAUUGCCGAGACAUUUGGUUUGGACCCGACUCUGAUGUACCUCACCAAGCCCACCUUCUUCUCCAGAAUCAACAGCACGGCAGCCAAGACCCAGCACGACGAGUACUGGCACCCGCACAUAGAUAAGGUAACUUACGGCUCUUUUGACUACACUUCCCUUCUUUACCUGUCUGACUACGGCUCGGACUUCAGUGGAGGAAGAUUCGUCUUCAUGGACCAGAAUGGAAACCGGACAGUGGAGCCACGGGCAGGACGAGUCUCUUUCUUCUCCUCCGGCUCGGAGAACCUCCACCGCGUGGAGAAAGUGACGUGGGGGACGCGCUACGCCAUCACCGUGUCCUUCACCUGCGACCCUGCACACGCCAUCUCUGACCCAGCCCUGCCCUGAGGCACCCAUGGGUGACGGCACUGCCCACUGGCUCGGACAAACCCUGUUAACAGAGAGGGGGAACAGGAGGGGAAGGAAAAAAGUGAGGUUUCAAAUGGAGGUUUGAGUGCUAACAGUGAUAUCCAGCAGCUGCACGCUCAAUAUCUGUAAUUUUCUUUUAUCUUGAGAUAUUGACUUGCUGCCCCUUCAUGAUACUGCUACAGAAAAAAGCCACGUGCUCAUCCUCUCUUCUGUGGAGGUGUUUUCUUAUUUGUCAGACCCUUUGUGUUUUAUCCAGUUUUCUACUGCAGUUGUUUUUUUUUAUUGCUUCAUCUUAGUCGCUAGUAUUAAGCGUGUUUGGGUUCCUCGCAGGUUUCCACAAUCUGCUCUUCGCGAUCAUUUCAGGGGAACGCUUGAGCAGAAAUUGCUUCUUAACUGAAAACAGUUUCAAAGAGGCUAAAGUGGGAUUGUGUGUUUUCAGUGUGUCUCCAUGUGUUUUUCAUUUUAAGGAGAGCUGUCAAUCCUGUGAAGAGGAGAUAUAGAUCUGGGGAAUCACUCCCUGAAUCAACCUUUCAUCACAAAAUCCCCACUUACUCUCGCCCCCAUGAACCAGGAGGUGUUUUCUUCUAAGAAGAACCCUCUCCUUUUCUAAGGGUGAUUGCUCCUUCAAGUAUGUUUACGUCAAUGUGAUCGAUGAGGUUUGAAAUAAAAUACUGACAGAACCUGAAAAGACUUUGUCUCUUUUCCCCAUUUUCAAAGUUACCGGUGUUUCUUCUAUUUUCUCUGCAAAAAAUGUAAUUAUGAAGCUCUUCAGUGUCCAAACUCUCAUUCGCUUUUCAUUAAACUGAGCGAUACAUAUGA